CUCUCUCCCUCUGUCUGUCUCUCUCUUUCUCUCUCCUCUCUCUUGUCUAACCUGACGACUAGUCGACUACCAUUACACCAGUCAACCUUCUCUCUCAUGCUGGAAUUUCCAUUUUCUUUUUAUUUUUCAAAUCAUUCAAAAAAAUCACUUUCUUCAAUCAACUUUUUCAAUUUCAUUUUUUGUUUCUCUCUCUCUAAAUAUCUUUCUUCUUCUCCUUCUCUUCACCUCAUUCAAUUCCAACUCUUAUAACCACCAUGCCACAACCACUACAAUUUCAUCGCCCAAUCAACUUCCAUUCAACUUGAUUCCCAAAUCAUUAACCUAAAAAUUACCUUUUCCUUUUCUUCACACAUUUAGAUAACUGAAGAUAUGAUGUCUGGAAGCUGGGAUGGAAAUAAUGACCCUGGCAGCCAGUCGGAUGAUAGCUUACUUUUCGAGAGGUUGCACAUUGAGCCUAUUUAUGAUGCUUUUGUAUGUCCUUUGACGAAGCAAGUUAUGCGUGAUCCUGUUACUUCAGAAAACGGACAGACUUUUGAGCGUGAAGCGAUUGAAAAAUGGUUCAAGGAAUGUAAGGAGAGUGGACGGAAACUGGUUUGCCCUUUGACUCUUCGAGAAUUGAAAAGCGCGGAGUUGAAUCCUAGCUUGGCUUUGCGGAACACCAUUGAAGAGUGGACUGCGAGGAAUGAAGCUGCACAGCUGGAUAUGGCCCGUCGUUCGUUGAAUACAGCAGGUCCAGAAAAGGAAGCCCUUAUGGCCUUGAGGUAUGUCCAGCACAUCUGUCGAAGAAGCCGGUCGAAUAAACAUAUUGUCCGCAGUGCAGGGCUUAUACCAAUGGUUGUUGAUAUGCUGAAGAGUAGCAGCCGUAAAGUUCGUUGUAGAGCUCUUGAAACACUUAGAAUCGUGGUCGAGGGAGACGAUGAAAAUAAGGAACUGUUGGCUGAAGGAGACACCGUGCGCACGGUAGUAAAAUUCCUUUCUCACGAGCUUUCUAAAGAAAGAGAGGAGGCUGUCUCCUUGCUCUAUGAACUCUCAACCUCAGAAACCCUCUGCGAGAAGAUUGGUUCGGUCAAUGGAUCUAUUCUUAUAUUAGUUGGAAUGACAAGCAGCAAAUCAGAAGACGUUUCCACUGUUGAGAAGGCUGAUAAAACAUUGGAGAAUCUGGAAAAAUAUGAGAAUAAUGUGCGGCAGAUGGCUGAAAAUGGUAGAUUGCAGCCUCUUCUGACCCAUCUUCUUGAAGGUCCACCAGAAACCAAACUGUCCAUGGCUGGAAUCCUUGGUGAGCUGGUUUUGGAUAAUGAUGUUAAAGUCUUUGUUGCUAGAACUGUGGGCUCAUCUCUGAUUGAUAUCAUGAAAAGUGGCAAUAUGCAGUCAAGAGAAGCUGCACUGAAGGCACUAAAUCAGAUAUCAUCAUGCGAGCCAAGCGCAAAGGUUUUAUUAGAAGCUGGAAUACUUUCCCCUCUUGUCAACGACCUCUUUGCAGUGGGUCCUCAUCUGCUUCCCACGCGACUAAAAGAGAUCUCUGCUACAAUUCUUGCCAGUGUUGUAAAUUCAGGAGAAGACUUCGACAUGAUUCCACUUGGACCCGAUGACCAAACUCUGGUCUCAGAGGAUAUAGUUCAUAAGCUACUCCAUCUUAUUAGCAACACUGGUCCAGCAAUUGAGUGCAAACUUCUCCAAGUUCUUGUUGGACUUGCUAUUUCUCCGACCACAGUGCUGAGUCUUGUUUCUGCUAUCAAAAGCUCUGGUGCCACUAUCAGUUUAGUUCAGUUCAUCGAGGCGCCACAGAAAGAUCUCCGUUUAGCUUCCAUAAAACUUCUUCAGAAUUUGUCUCCACACAUGGGCCCUGAACUAGCCGAUGCGCUUCGUGGAUCUGUAGGACAGCUUAGUAGUCUAGUUAAAGUCAUAUCAGAAAAUAUCGGAAUCACUGAAGAGCAGGCAGCUGCUGUUGGCCUCUUAGCCGAUCUACCCGAGAGAGAUUUGGGCCUCACGAGACAGCUACUGGAUGAAGGUGCCUUUGUAAUGGCUAUAUCAAAGGUGAUUGCCAUCAGGCAGGGAGAAAUCAGAGGCACACGGUUCGUGACACCAUUUCUCGAAGGGCUUAUGAAGAUUGUUGCUAGGGUUACAUAUGUCUUGGCUGAUGAGCCUGAUGCCGUCGCACUUUGCCGCGAUCAAAAUCUUGCUGCACUCUUCAUAGAACUGCUUCAAACCAAUGGACUUGAUACUGUGCAGAUGGUUUCUGCUAUAGCUUUGGAGAAUUUAUCGCUAGAAUCAAAGAAUUUAACCAAAUUGCCCGAGGUGCCAGAACCAACAUUCUGUGCUUCAUUCUUUUCAUGUUUCAGUAAACCGCCAGAUACUUCUGGAUUAUGUAGGAUCCACCGUGGGAAGUGUUCGUUAAAAGAAACAUUUUGUCUUUACGAAGGGCAGGCCGUCCUUAAGUUAGUAGCUCUACUGGACCACACAAAUGUGAACGUGGUUGAGGCAGCACUUGCAGCCUUAUGUACAGUAAUAGAUGACGGAGUUGAUAUCGAGCAAGGUGUAACGGUUUUGUGUGAAGCAGAGGGAGUGAAGCCUAUACUCGAGGUGUUGCUCGAGAAACGGACAGACAAUUUGAGGAGGAGGGCAGUUUGGGCAGUGGAGAGACUGUUGCGAACGGAGGAUAUAGCCUAUGAAGUUUCUGGAGAUCAAAAUCUGAGUACUGCACUUGUGGACGCUUUCCAACACGGUGAUUAUCGAACCAGGCAGAUUGCUGAGCGCGCCCUCAAGCAUGUUGAUAAGAUACCUAACUUCUCAGGAAUUUUUCCAAACAUGGGAUGAGUGUAUGUAUGUUGUAAAUGUUUCGCUGUGAUGUUUAUGACAGCAAAAAUCUGUAUGUAAUUUUUAUGAUUUUUAAAUCAGUUUUGGAUUGUAUGUAGUGUGUGUUAUAUUGUCUUAUAUGCAUUUAUUUAUCCAACCACAGCCUUGGGAUUAUUGUAUACAAAAAUUACCCAUUCUUUUAGGAGGUCUUCAUUUGUUGGUCAUGUUUCUAUUGCUUUUUUUGCCUCUUAAAUGAUUAGAUUCUGUUUCCUAUAA